AUGUGCAUCACAUCCUCUCCCUCAUCCUCCUCUAUCGCUAUCACAUCCCCCUCUUCAGUGCCCACCCCGUCCUUGCCGGCCCCUGCCGGCCCUGCUGUGUGUUUCCCCGCGUUUGAUGCGGCCCCUGCCGCCCCUACUGGCCGUGCUAUGGCCCUCCCUGCUGCUUCAGCUGCAGCCUCACCUUCUGCCUUUGAGGCCACUGCUGUCCCCUCUCCCACUCUAGCCCCUGCCGUACCCUCUUCUUGCUACAGCCGGGGCGGCACUCUCCCUCGCACCAGUCCCCCCGACACAGCAGCCAGGUUCCGUGGCCCUACUCCUGCCAUCAACCUGUCUCCACUGGCCUCUGCCCCUUUGCCUGGCCAGGAGUCAUGGUCCCUGCCCGCCCCUUCCGUCCGUGCAGCCCUCUGCCAGCCCUUUCCCGUGCAGGCCGCUGCUGCACCUUCCCUUGCAGGCCUCUGCUGCCCUUGUCCUCUGCAGGCCUCUGCCUGCCCCUUCCCCCCUUCCCACACCCCCAUUGCCCCUUCCCGUGCAGCCUUUUGCUGCCCCAUCCUUCUGCAUGCCUCUGCUGCUCCUUCACACACCAAACUUCACUUACCCCUUCCUCGUGCUAGUGUUAGCCUGCAAGUUCCCCCCUGGACUCUGCCCCCGUCCCGCUUCUAUGUUGCUUUGGGGGUGGCGAGGCUGGGAUGGGGCAGCGGGGUAGGGCGCGGUUUUGAGCGUGCUGGCUACUCCUCGGUGUAUUUCCUCCAGUGGGGCUUGGCGUUCCUCUGUUCCUCCCUUCAAGAGGCAGCUGCCUGGCGGUGGCGGUGUGAGUUGCUGGAGUUGGGCUCAAGAGGGGCGUCAAAGGGGGAAGGAACUCCCUGGCAGAGGCCGGGUGUGCGGGGGGUUAGCUUGGGAAAGGGGAAAAAGGUGGGGAAAGCGGUGCGCAGUGGGUGGAAGAGAGGGUAG